UGCCUGGAGUGGGAGGUGGGGAGAAGAGACGAGACUUUUUUUGGGUGCUCCGGCUCGCCAGUAGUUCCUCCAGUCUCAGCAGCCAACUCCGGAGACGCCGCGCUCUGCCCCGGAGCGCCAGCGGGAGGAGCGGCGACCCGCAGCCGGGAGCCCGGGCCCGGGCGAUGCUGGCGCCGCGGGCGGCACCUGCGGCUCCUCUUGGCGGCGGCGGUGGCCUCGGAGGCAGGAGCGCGGGCCCCAGCAGCCUCGGCAGCCACAGCCGCUGCGGCCCCGACAGCCUCCGCCGCGGUCGCCGCCUCUGAUGCGCCUGCCCUCUCCCGGCUACGCGGCGCCGGGAGGAUGUGGGUCCUCGGCAUCGCAGCAACUUUUUGCGGAUUGUUCUUGUUUCAAGGCUUUGCGCUGCAAAUCCAGUGUUAUCAGUGUGAAGAAUUCCAGCUGAACAACGACUGCUCCUCCCCCGAGUUCAUCGUGAAUUGCACGGUGAAUGUUCAAGACAUGUGUCAGAAAGAAGUGAUGGAGCAAAGUGCGGGCGUCAUGUACCGGAAGUCGUGUGCGUCUUCAGCGGCCUGCCUCAUCGCCUCCGCCGGGUACCAGUCCUUCUGCUCCCCUGGGAAACUGAACUCAGUGUGCAUCAGCUGCUGCAACACCCCUCUUUGCAACGGGCCCCGGCCCAAGAAACGGAGCAGUUCUGCCUUGGCCCUCCGGCCCGGGCUCCCCACCACCGUCCUGCUCCUCCACUUGGCCCUCCUCUUGGCUCACUGCUGAAGCUGAAGGAGAUGCGCGCCCCUCCUGCUUUGUUCUUCGGGCCCUCCGCUCCCUCUGCUCCCCAAGCUUCUCCUGGGUGUCCUGUUAUUCUGGGUGGGGAGGGGAGUGUGUUCUCUUUCGUUCAGUUCCUUUGUCACCGAAAGAGCUCAGUGUAAAAACAUUUUUUGUAAGCUCUGAAUAAAUUCAGUCUGAAUUUUCA